AUGUGCGUGUCCGAGCCCGCGCCCAUCGCCGAGGGCAUGGCCAGGUUGCAAGAGGCCUUCCGCAACGGGACGUCGCCGUACAUGCCCGGUUGCCUCGGGGGCGUGGACCUGGGCGUGGACCUCGGCCCCCUGCUGGACCUUACGGCCAGCAGCUGCGGUAGCGAGCUCCGGGCCGCCGCCGCGAGCGCGGCGGCGGAGCCCGCCCCCAACCCCACGGGUGCGGCGCUGGAGCAGCAGGUGGCCCUGGACCUGACGGCCAGCAGCGCGGCGCCAAGCCCGAGGACCGCCGGCGCGACCGACGCGAUCGAUCUGAUCGAGCAGCAGACGUUGCUGACGAACUCCGCCGCCGACCUGCCCACGAAGAACUGCCACAGCCACCUCCUGACGCCUGGGCUGAAGCUGCAAGAACUGCUGGACUACCCUCUCCAGCUGCUGGCGCCCCCGGUGGAUGGGCCCCCUCCAAGCUCGAGAGGUACGCCAAAUCCUGGCGGAAAUGGUGGCACCGCAAGCGAGACCUUGGAGCAGCGUCUCUCACGGGUCAUCGGCGCCCAGUUCAACAGCAUCCAGCACGACAUGCAGCAGCACAUCACGGCCUCGAUGUCCGCCGCGAUGGCCCACGCGCAGCAGGAGCUCGUCUCGUCCAUGCAGAUUCAGCUGGCUCCGACGGUUGCGCGACUCACGGCCGCGCAGGCCGACGCCAGGCGCCAGCAGGCGGCCAGCAGCUCGGAAGCCAUCGACGUGGCCAGGCUCGCGACUUGGGACAGGCCGACCAACCCGCAGCUCUUCAGCGUGCUGAAGCAGGAGUCCUUCGUGCUCAGGCUCUCACUCGCGCUCUCCGUGAUUCCAUGGUCAGUGCCGCAAGUUCUCGGCUGA